ACAACAUUGAACACAGGUGUCAGAUCCAGUGUAUCAGUUCAUUUUAAGAGGUUUUGUUAUCUGCUUCUGAGGGAUAGAUCGAAUUGAAAAAUGAGUCUUAUUAACCAAGGAAGAAACGAAAUACGAUUUAAUAACAGUGGUGGCAAAUGUCUUUUAGAGAAUUGGGUUGAAGAGAGAAAUGUAUCGCAUUUGGAGCCAUCAGGAAAAGAUCAACAUACAAAAGCCCAUGUAUUUAGAGUUGGUCAUCCAGGCUUAUUAACAACAACUUCUGAUGCUAAGGCUGAAAAUUUAACCACAUUUAGAGUAUCAUAUAAAAAACCAGAAAGUCCUGAUGUCAGACAAAUAGGUGCCAAGAAACAGUUAAUGGAACAGAUGCUUUAUGAACAGAUAAGUAAAGAAGUAAAUGAAGAAUUUAACCCCCCACCACCAGCCACCGAUUUUAGAUCAGUAACAAAAGUUGAUUAUACAAAAGAUUUCACGCCAGAAGAAGUAGUCGUUGACACAUCAAAACACAACUACAAAACUGAACAACCAGUCACAUUCUGGACUGAACAUCGAGAUAGAGUUACUGGUGUUUCUCAAGUCAAGACAAAAGAUAGUGGAUUUAGGAAAAAUGAUGCUUUUAGUAAACCUAUUGAUGAAUAUUGGGAUGAACCUCAACCCUAUGAAUUAGAGAAUUAUCCUAAAAUGUAAAUUUUUAUUAGUUUAAUUGUAAAUAAAUAUAUUUAUUUUAUAAUAAAACAAGUGAAAUAUCAGAUUCAA